UUACUCAGCUAGCCGGCAUUGUCGGUGCUCUUCGUGUGCUCUUUUGCUUUUGCCCAAGCUUACUUUAUUGCCUGAUAAUUGGUUUUUCGAGCUCUCUUUAUGUUUUGAUUCGUCGCCGCUGAAAUCGAAAUCUGAAUAGAGCUAGCUGGACGUGGAAGUAAGAUAUGCAUGCUAGGUCGGAGAUUGGACCAAUUUAUUUCAAUUUCGCACUUGGACGGGCGACGUUGUGUCAACGGUAUCCCAAUUUUAAAUUCGUUUGUUCGAAAUGCUGAGCUCAGAACUCGUCACCCUGUUAUUCUGCAUCCUGUGGCUGAAGGGGGAUCGUGGAGCCUCCGCCUGCCACUGCAUACGCCUUGUGAAGUGCGACCCCUUCGCCCGCCUCCUGCUUCAUCACGGGCCUGGAGAGCAGUCCGCAGUGUUCGCCAAGGUGCACGCCGCCAGUUGUGGCUUCCAAGGCCUCGAGCCGCUCGUAUGCUGUCCCUCAUCUCGGAAGCAAUACCACGAUGAGUCAUUCUCUGCCAAGCCAAGUCGUAAGAUGCGUUUUGCCCCGCCGGAUGAUCGCUGGAUUUGGGAUGAUAACGGUGACAGCAAGGGCAGUGGGCCGUCACACACCCACUCGGAUUACCUGGAAACCGAGACGAAUCUCCACGAUUACUGGAACUUCGAGGAGCAACGCAACUGCCCGCAGCCCGUGGAACCCGAGUUCUUCGACCGGCGAUUUGGUGGGGGCCACCACUUUCACUACCAUGUAGAGCACGGCGAGCAGGAUACGGCAUCACCGCGACCCAUUCCCAAAGAUAAGCCCAUUGUGUUUCCCGGGGACCUGCGCUUUUUGCGGCAGGGGGAGGAUAUAAUCUCUAACUUAGACCAAGGUCCUCCCCUCGCUCCGUUUACCACAACGUCAUCUAUGCAAAUUGCUACAAGUCCCGCUCCGGCAUCCUCAACCACCACAUCAUUACCCUUAGACUCUGAUAAGCUUCCGGUAAACCAAGAUAACCUUCCAGGAUGCGGGAUUAGUGUGGAGAGCCGACUGCAAGGGGGAGAACAGGCCUCUGCUGGGCAAUAUCCAUGGCUGGCGAGAAUCGCCUAUCGCAACCGAAGCAGCAGCCGCAUUAGCUUCCGCUGCUCCGGAUCUCUAAUCUCCAACAACCACAUCGUGACUGCCGCCCAUUGUGUGGUCAACUUGGUCAGCGACUUGGAACUAUCCCAUGUUCGAUUGGGAAAUAAAGAUGGGUCAACCCCGUUUGCAAUCGAACGGGUUAUAGUGCAUCCCAACUUCGAUCAGCCCAGAUAUGCCAACGACAUUGCCCUCCUAAGAAUCAACAACACGGAUGGAGUCUUUACACCCAUCUGCUUACCCUUGAACGAGUCCACCACCCUCGGGAACAGGCUGAUAGGACAAACGGGAGUUGCUGCCGGUUGGAGUACUGGGAAUCCGGAAAAUAAUGGGUCGAUGGACUCUUCGAGCUCCUCCGCCUCAGUGCGCUUCAUCCGUUUGCCGAUAGUGAACACCACCAGCUGCGCUAUCGCCUAUGCUAGUCUCAGCGAGAACUUCCAGCAGCCCAUUGUAAUCACCCCGAACCACCUGUGCGCCCAGGGUAUGCCUAUGAACGACGUGUGCCGCGGUGACAGUGGUGGACCCUUUAUGGACGACGGAACAUCCGGCCUCUUCGGAGGAAGUGGACGCCACACGCUUAUCGGCAUCGUGGCCUUCGGACCCACGCUGUGCGGCGUGACCACCAUUCCGGGAGUAUAUACCCUCGUCAGUAGCUUCUCUGAAUGGAUCCUGCGAAGCAUCCGCGGAUGAUCGCAUCAGUGAGCGGUCGUGUUGGGCACCUAACCCAAGCGCAGCUCAUCCAAAGCUUUCAAUGCCAAAGUUUUAAGAGUACAUCCAAAUAAGAAAAGUAUCGUACAUUUUGUGGAUCAAUGAAAACAGUUCUGCUUCCUACUUUAAUCAGCACAACGCCAAUAAACUUUACAUUAAUAAUAUUUAAAUUCUCUGAAGAACUUAGUACAUAAACUAAACGUUCAAAGGUAUUAAUGCACGAUUAAAAGCCUUUUAUAUGUUUAUAAAAUGUAUGUUAUAAAUGUAAAUUGGUAACUACCUCAUGGAAAUUGAAAACGAGAAUAAAAUAUUUCAAAGACAAAAUCGAUUUAGUGAAGCAAUUCAGCUAAAAAUAGAUUUUGCAAUAUAAUAAGUCAAUGCCAAUCGCACAUGACUUUAGUAUGUAAAAAUACAUUUUCAUUUAUUUUAUUUUUCGUACUUAUACAAGCAUUGUAAAACAUUCCGAUUAAACUUCCUAGGCACAUGUUCUUAGAAAAAUUCCACAUAAGGGUAUUGGUACAAUACAAUUAUAGACGGUUUGCAUUCAACAAUUGUAGUUCUGCUAUUUAGUUCUAGUUAAUAACUUUAACAGAAAUUAUAUAAAAAGUAGUGUCAUUUCAGUAGACGAAAAAAAAGCCACGUUAAUGCAAAAAAUAUCUGUAUAGAGUUUUGUUGGCCCUUAUUUAUGUAUGUACUU